CCAAGCCUUCCGGAUGAGGCGUCACUUCUCACUUGCUCAGCGCAGUAGCGCGCGGCUUUUCUUCGUGCGCCCCGCGAGUGUCUGUUCCCGUGCGCCUGACUCCAGGAUCCUCCGGGAUAACGACAGAUUUGUGUCAGUGGCGAUGGUGAUUGACAGAUGAUCUGACAGAGGAAGACAUCAGACGCCGUCUCCGUGCUAGUUAUUAUGGGGUGUGCCUGUUGCAAGCAGAAGAAGUCCACCAAAGCAGUAGCAGCAAUAGACGUUACAGAUCUGUCUCCUAGCAACGCAGAUGGAGGGUUGUCCGCGGCCUUGAAUCAGGGCCGUUACUGUCCCGACCCCACUCAGACCAUCCCAGACUUCAACAAGGGCUUCACAUCGAGCACCAUCUUCCCCAACACCAACACACACCAGCGGGCUGGAGGCAUAACAUGUGGUGGAGUCACUCUCUUUAUAGCUCUGUAUGACUACGACGCUCGCACCGAAGAUGACCUUACUUUUCAGAAAGGAGAGAAAUUCCAGAUCAUCAACAAUACAGAGGGUGACUGGUGGGAGGCUCGCUCUUUGGACACAGGCCACUCAGGUUACAUCCCCUCCAACUACGUAGCUCCUGUUGACUCCAUACAGGCUGAAGAGUGGUAUUUUGGGAAGAUGGGGAGGAAGGAUGCGGAGAGACAGCUGCUCGGCCAUGGCAACCAGAGGGGAACUUUUCUCAUAAGAGAGAGUGAGACCACCAAGGGUGCUUACUCUCUGUCUAUCCGUGACUGGGACGACAACAAGGGAGACCACGUCAAGCAUUAUAAGAUCCGCAAACUAGACAAUGGUGGCUACUACAUCACCACGAGAUCACAGUUUGACACUGUGCCGCAGCUGGUACAGCACUACACAGAGAGAGCGGCGGGUCUGUGCUGCCGUUUGAUUGGCAGCUGUAAGCGAGGCACGCCUAAACUGGCUGACUUAUCAGUGAAGACCAAGGACAUGUGGGAGAUUCCCCGCGAAUCCCUCCAGCUGAUUAAGAAACUGGGCAACGGCCAGUUUGGAGAAGUCUGGAUGGGCAGCAAUGACGGGCUGUGCUAUUACCUGACCAUGCCCUGUCCCAACAGCACCCCGCUCACCAUAGGCCUUGGGCGGGAUGCCUGGGAGGUGUCCAGGGAAACGCUGUCAAUGCAAACGAAGCUGGGACAGGGCUGCUUCGGGGACGUUUGGAUGGGCAUGUGGAACGGUACCACCAAGGUAGCGGUGAAGACUCUGAAGCCAGGAACCAUGUCCCCAGAGGCCUUCCUGGAGGAGGCUCAGAUCAUGAAGCGACUCCGCCAUGACAAGCUGGUGCAGCUCUACGCCGUUGUGUCUGAGGAACCCAUCUACAUUAUCACCGAGUUCAUGAGCCAAGGAAGUUUGUUGGACUUCUUAAAAGAUGGGGAAGGGCAGAGUCUGAAGCUGCCUCAGCUGGUGGACAUGGCUGCGCAGAUUGCAGCUGGAAUGGCGUACAUCGAGAGGAUGAACUACAUCCACCGUGACCUGCGAGCAGCUAACAUCCUUGUUGGAGACAAUCUGGUGUGCAAGAUCGCUGACUUUGGUCUGGCUAGGCUCAUUGAGGACAACGAGUACACAGCCAGACAAGGGGCGAAGUUCCCCAUCAAGUGGACUGCUCCAGAAGCUGCAUUGUAUGGACGCUUUACCAUCAAGUCAGAUGUCUGGAGCUUUGGCAUCCUACUAACUGAACUCAUCACUAAGGGACGGGUGCCAUACCCAGGCAUGAACAACCGUGAGGUGCUGGAGCAGGUGGAGAGGGGCUACCGGAUGCCGUGCGCCCCGGGCUGCCCCGCCUCGCUCCAUGAACUGAUGCUGCAGUGCUGGAGGCGGGAGGCCGAUGAGAGGCACACUUUUGAGUACCUGCAGUCCUUCCUGGAGGAUUACUUCACCGCCACAGAGCCGCAGUACCAGCCCGGAGAAAACCUGUGACCAAACACGCAUAGGACAGACGUGGAGCAAUUAAGGGACAAACAGAAAGAGAAUGACAGAAAGACAGACAGGCAGGCAUGGAUAUGUACAUGCACUUACACUGAUAGGCAUGUCAUUGUCCAUGUACAUGCUUUCAUUGUAUUUGUUCCACACAUACUGUACAUGCACACACAAAUAUUAAGAUACAUAUCAUUUGCCUUGUUUAAUUGUUUCCUCCUUUUGAUCAUUGAUCACCGCAGCCCACUCAAGACAGAUCAGUCCACCAUGUUGAAGAGCAGAGUCGGAGCUCUGCUGGUCAGGCCUUGCAGUAAUGUUGCUUUACUCUGUAACCAUGACAACAAGGAACUGAAAGAAGAUGUAGAUGGUUGUGUUGAGGUGGGGGGAUGUCGAGUUGGUACUCGAUCUGUUCAGCUGCCAUAUAUGUUCAGCUCCUUUGAUUUCUGUAUCUGAGAAAAGAGAUUUAGUAGGCCAACUGUUUACCUGAGAUAAAUAUAUAUAUGUUGAUACAGAAAUAAUAGAAGCUGCAACAGGUUUCAGUUGGAAUAUUGUCUUUGGAAAAAUGUCCUGUGAACCUUGAUGGUAACUGAGUAGAUUAUGUACACAGCCACAGACGAUAUAAGAUUUAAUAAGAUGAACUGAUCCAUGUCCAUCACCUGUAAGGGGGAACUGAUUUUAAAAUGGCUCCAAUAUGUGCCUUAAAGUGGUCAAAUUAAGGGCUGUUUUAGAUUUUAAAUGUAAUACUGAGAGAUGGUGAGGACUGCUUUGUUUGUCUGAUCAUUUGUAUUACAAUUUUGUAUGAACUGUCUCCUUUGUUGUUUUAAUUUAACGCAGAUAUAUCUGUGCAUCACAAAGACUUCUAUAUCUAGUUAACAUAUAUACAGUUUUCAUCCAUUGGGAGGGCAGGGUGAAAUGUUACACAUAAAGGGGAAAGUCAGUGUCAGUGGAAGGAUAGUGUUUUAAAUGUAUGUGUUACAUUUAGAUGUGGUGAAUCCCCUGUCAUGUUAUUUUAAUAAAUAUCAAAUAUCUUUA